AGUCAGACGGAACCCUCUGUCCAAUCCGUGCGCCUCAUUGGCUCUUGGGACAAUUUUACCAUGUGCUAUAGCAUGGAGCGGGACAGUCGACGUGGCCAUGGCCAAUGGAGAGGAUGCUUUGCAUUCCAAAACAUCGUCUGCGAUGAUGAGAACCCGCACCACCAGAAGAGAAGUGGUGGUCUAAAGAUGGGCCACACCUACUACUACUAUUACGAGGUGGACGGGUCAACUGAGACUUUUGAUGCAACGAUGCCCUACACAACUGCUUGCCCAUACAUGCCUGGUCAAACAGUCAAUACUCUUGACGUCCCUGUUGAGCACACAAUCCGCCUCCGAAGCGCAUCCAUGAACUCCAUCCGCCCAGAAAACUAUAGGACAAUGGAUCCAGCAACCAAGUUCAUGAAGCCGUUGCCACCUACGCCACUCACACCUCUCUCAUCAGGCAUGGCCAACCGCCGGGCUCAAUCUGCCCCAGUUACACGUCCUUCAACAUCUUCAUCUCGCUCAGUAUCUCCGCCAUCAUGGAAGAGGUUCUUCUCGCGCAAGCUACAGAGCUCUGAUGGCCAACGUCGCCAAUCUGCUGGCUCUGAAGAAACCACUUUCACCAUCUACGACAACGUCAUCACCGUCCCCUCACACGAUGCUCGCCCUGGUCGUCAUACAUCGUCUCUUAGCGAAGGUGCCAGGUCGAGAGACAUCUCUCCGAGCUCACUCUCUCGUAUCUUACGUGAGGGUAGCAGCGCUCCCCGUCGUCCUAGCCACACUGCUCAACUACCAUCCUUGACGAUUCCCGAGGAGGUUAUUGAGGAAGAUGAGGACGACGACAACUUUGCUGCGUCUGCAAUCUCGGAAAGCAUGCCAUUUGUCACUGUCCUGUCCCCGCCACCCUUUCAACGCUCUUCAUCAUCAGAAUCUAUUAAGCGGGAUGCCGAAGCAAGUAGCUCUGCUACAACACUCAGACCUCAGCUUUCGCCUAUAUCUGCUGUGACAAACGAUACCAACACGGCGUCUCGAUGGUCCGGAUCAACAAAAGACAAAGCCAACACAAGCCCUCUCCACGAGGAUGUCCCCAUGAGCUUCUACGACGAUGAAGAUGAUGACGACGAUGUCAUGUCUAGUAACGAGGACGAUGGUCAUUUCCCUCCCAUCCCUAUCUCAAAGUCUCGGCUACUUUCCUUCAAAGGUUAUAGCCUGCCCCGUCACAUUGAGGAAACUAAGGAUGCUUUUGUUCCCCAUCAGCCUUUUGCAACCGCCAACUCACCAAAGCUGAUCCCUAGUGGAUCUAAUCUUUUGAACACCCACGUCGAGGCUGGCCUUGAUGACUUUGUCAGCGAGCUCGGCUGGAUCGUUGACGCUAUUGGCACGACUAAUAGCCACUGA